AGUAGCCUUUGCGACAAGCGAUGGGUGCGGUCAACAGCAAGAGCACCGACGAGGCGUCGCCCGCCAUCAACGGCCAGGUGCUCGACGUCGUCUAUCGGGACGAGCGCGAUGAGCUGCACAACGUCAAGGACCUCGGCCACAUCAGGAGGUCGGCCCUGUUCUUCAGCAAGGUCGACUUCCCUGCCGAGAUCCUCCGCAAUCGCCUCGACCGCUCCCUCCAUCGCAUUCGCCUCGCUGACGGCACGAGGCUGGCUGCCGUGCUGACCUUCGACGCCCAGACGGUGUCUGAACCGCGUGAGCUGCUGGCGGCCGUGUGGCUGGUGGAAGAGCAGAAGUGGGACGAGGUGGCUGAGGUGCUGCAGUGGGCCAGUGAGUGCGGCUUCUGUCAGCUGCCUGUCAAGCUCACGGCAGAUGACAUCAACACACACGCCAGCAAGACGGUAAGGCACACACACACAGAGGGGUGGGAGAGAUGACAGAGAGGCCUCAUUCAUUCUUCUCUCUCUGUCUGUGGUGUAGGCGUAUGGAUCGGUAGCUCGUGUGUUGGCGCAGCUCAUGGUGGUCGGCCGUCACAUCGACUUCCGUGACGGCAGCUGCCUGCAGCUCUUCCGCCAUGCCAAUGAUGAGGUGCGGGCCAUCAAGGACCAGCCCGGCUUCGAGGUGACUGUCGACCCGCCCCUCCCCGCCGGCCAUCUGUAUCAGCAGCACCGACAGCAGCAUGACCCACCAGUGCGCAGCGACAUCUUCUACCACAUGGGCAUCAACCAGUGGGUGUCGGGCGGCGUCCCGUCCGCCUUUGCGUCGGUGUCGUCGUUCGCCAAGGAGAUGGUCCUCAACCACUUCGAAAUAACUCACCAGACCAAUCCCACAGGGAUACUCCUCAACGGGUAACACAUCAAUGGCAGCAGUGUCGAGGCGUGUGUGAUUGUGUGUGUAUGUGUGCGGUUGAUUGAGGCGUGUUGGUGGCGGCCGUCUGGAUGGCCUCCUCACUCAGUCGCCCCACACACCAGUGGCCGGCUGCACCACCACAUUCAGCCGUGAAGAUGGCAUCGGUGAGGUGCGUGUGCUGGUGCUCACCAACAGCAGCCACAACUUCGUCGCGUGGAUUGCCAUUUUCGAUUGGGGGGACGGCAUCGGUAAGGCCGACAGACAGGCAGCUCAGGUAGUCAAAUCUCAUGUGUCUUUUCUUUCUGAUUGUCUGCAGUGAGGGUUGAUGUCCACACGACCGAGGCGCCUGUGGCUGGUGCUGGUGGCGCCUUCAAGGACCGCCUCCCCUUGACCACUCGGCUGGCCCGUGUGGCGCUGGGGCGAGUGGCGCCAUACGUCUUCGACGGCCUAGUGGACGAUGACAAUGACGACGAUGAUGACGGUGCGGAGAGGGGAGGGGACACACACAUGGUGGCCAUGGUGUGGAUGGAUGGCAUUUCUUCUCUGUCUGUCUUUGUGUGUGGUGUAGAUUCCGACGGCCAUGGCGGCGGCUGGGAUGAUAUGGAUGACGACAGCGACGGAGAGGACAGCGGAGGUACACACAAGGGAAGGAAGGCACACAGCACACCACAGAUGCCUUACCCUCAUCACACACAUGCGAUGGACUCACACCGUCCCCCAUCACACACAUAUGUGAGUGUGUGUGUGGAUUUGACAGGUGAGGAUGCAUCAGCUGCGCAGAACGGCGCCAACGACGGCAACACAUCGCGCUGAUAACACACACGCACACAGAGACCGAUCCCAAGACUCACUGGUGCGCCACAGACACACUGCAAUGUCAUCGGCUGUUGCCAUGCCUCUCUCUCCCUCUGUCUGUCUGUCUGUCUGUGUGUCUGUUUUGGCCAGGAGGGUGGACCAGUUGGACUAAUGGCUGCCGUCCUGUCUGUUUGCAGCUCGCGGACCGGCGCAGACUAGCCGCUGAUGUCUGUGUGUGUGUUGAAGGGUGAACAUGCCUCUGAUGGUUGUGGGUGGGUCACUCUCUCUCUGGCCUCCGUCUCUCUCUCUAUAUAAAUCUGCCUGAGCGUGUCGAUAUGUAUUAGGCUGACUGCCUGGCUGCUGUCUGUGUGGGUGUGGAUGGA